CACAACGUCCGUAGCAUUGAAAUUUGUCGAGCGGGAUGUUCAACAGUCAAACAGAUUUGUUGUCGAACAGCCACAAAAACAAAAAUAAAAUUAGGAAAAUAUUUUAUUGACUUGACCAGCCUAUAAAAUGGAGGGGAACGACGCAGUUCUUUUCGAACCAAGAUUUCGAAAGUGCCGUUUAUGCGGUAAUUGUGUAUGGGGGUCAACCUGUGGGUGUGCCACUGCUGGAAGCGGUGAUGCCGGCAGUGGAUGGACACAAUCUGCCAUCCUGCCCUACAUUGAAAAUCAAAAAUACACUUUCGGGAGCAAGUACAUCUCGAGGGACGACCAAGGUGAAUUCAUUUUUGUGAAUACUGCUAAAAAUCCUGGAAAUCUGGCAGAAAUUACGUGCUCCGGUGGAAACUAUUGGCUUGCACCUGUCGGGAAAAGAGUAAUUUUUGUUAAUGAUGUCCAACUGGAGAAAAGUUGUCGCACACAACUUAAUUUUGGGGACAAGAUCGCUUUACUCGGCAAAGUUAGACCGAGACGAGAACUAUAUCGAGAGAAGAGGAACGAAUCUCUUGACGGAUAUUUUUUAUUUAAAGAACGAAGUUGUCAAGGACGAUAUGGGGAGGAUCCGGACAUGCCAGAUCUCGUACCGCAUGCAAAUGAAAAUGUAGACUUCAAGGCAGGACGGAAUCAACUGGUCUUGUCGAACAUAUUUUCUUAUCUUCCCUUCCACACUUUGAAGACGGCACGCUUGGUGUGUCGCCUAUGGGACACUGAAGCAUCCCGGAUCAUCAGGAAAAAAUCCAGUGUUAUAUUUAACUAUUAUUUCCCACACAACUACAAGUAUCCAGUCGACUCGAUGAGGUUGUUUCGAUAUCUUAAAGAAAUGAAGAAUCUACAACCAACCAGCUGGGACUUGCAACUCCCCCCUUUUACCCCAACAAAUGGUCCAAACACCUGGAUAAAUUCAGCUAAAGGACAGCAAAUAGUUUUGAAACUUGUCGACGAUCUGAACUGGUUCCUUCUGCCGGAUCGAGGUCAUCAUAUCACAAGUUUGGAUUUGGGAGGGAGAAUCCUUUGUGAGGCCGAUUACAAGAUUCAUCUCAGCAUUAUUAUCAAACUCCAAGCAACCCUUAUCGACCUAGAGUUAUCUUGGUUCCUCAAGUUGGUAGAUAUGGUCGAGUGCGCACUUCCCGAGGAACUUAAGCUCAACAAGCUCGCAAUCUUUACAUUCUCCAUAGGAACGGUUAACCUAGAUGCCCUCGUCAACCAGACUAUUAUGUCAUCCUGGGCUGCAGCAGUUCAACGAGUCAAAACCAUCCGUUUUAAUUGUGAUGAUGAUGAGGAAUCAGCCUUCGUUAACAUUUUGCUCAAAUACGAACAACCCUUUCCCAAUUUGGUGGAAUUUAUUACCACAUCCACACGAGACAACGUGCUUGAUUUCCUCCUGAAGUUGACUACUCCCCUCAAGAAGUUGAAACUCUGCAAUUUACAAUGCUUGGAACGACGAGGGAACUAUGCCAAAUUCGAAAAAUUGCUCCGCAAGCAUGCCGCCACACUGGAAAGCUUGCAGUUCAUGUAUGAUAUCGACGACAAAAAUGUGGAAGGUCGAACUAUCCACCUCCCUAUUUUCCCCCAACUGAAAAUGCUCUUCGUAGGAUGGAUGGAAUUUUCUAAUCUGAAAAUUCGUUUCCCUUCAGGCAUCGAUAACGGCGAUGUUCUCGAUUAUGAAAGGCACCUCCCAAGACUCCAAGCGCUCUCGCUAUCUCUGUUCCCUUCCUCUUUCCCGUCUACUCGUGACUGGGAAAAUCAACGAGACAGGCUGGACAUAUUUUUCCCCACAGUGGACAGAAAUGGGGCGCCGAUUGAGACGAGAUGCGUCACGCUGAGGGAGCUGUCCCAAAAUAUUUACGUGUCGUACAUGCCCGGUUUUUGUUGCGUGAGUGACUUUCCAUCCGACCUCCCACUCACUCGUAUGUUUCCAAAUGUUUGGAAUGACUGGAUGACCAAACGAAGGAGAGAGGAGUUGGCAUCAGCAUCAUCUCAACUAGUGGAAAAUAUCGACAAGGUCGACUGAUCUGCGACAGCGGCACACUCCUCAGUACCACCAAAUUAAAUGUGAUGAACUCAAUUUAUUUACUUUUUGAUAACAGUUGUUGGUUUUAAUUUGUUGUCAGUAGAAACUAUCUUUUGAUUUUCAUUGUUAUCAAUGUCGUUUUUUAAAUUAAAUAUUCGAAAUGUAGUUAUAAACGACGAAUAUGUAGAAUAAACGAUGUUUUGUUUUUUAGCUUAA